CUUGAGUCUACGUGUUGAAAUCCCUAAAACCUAAUCGUCAAUUCAUGAAUUAAAUCCCUAAUUUACACAGCAAAAUCAUUUCAUCCCUUUCCAAUUUCACUUCAAUUUCAAUUAAAGAACUAGGGUCCCCAAAUCACUAAUCAAACCGAAGAUGCUGGGUGGUUUAUACGGGGAUCUUCCCCCGCCAUCAUCAACCACCGAGGAAGAGAAAUCCGGCAAUCCAUCAACCACCGUAGUAUGGUCAAGUAGUGCAAAAAUGGCUCCUCCUACUCUUCGUAAGCCAGCAUUCACCCCACCACCUUCAGUAAUCCGAUCUCAAGCACUCCUAAACAAACCCAAACCACCUUCUAAAACCCUACCCACUAUACCCAUGGAGGAUCCGAAACCUCAAGUUAUGCAACCGGCAUUAGUGGGGGUGACGUCGACGGUUGUGGAAGAGUAUGACCCGGCUAGACCCAAUGACUACGAGGAGUAUAAGAGAGAGAAGAAGAGGAAGGCGAGGGAAGCGGAGGUGAAGAGGGAGUUGGAGAGACGGCAGCAGGAAGAGGAGGAGAGAGAAAGGGAGAGGAAAGAAAAGGAGAAGGAUAGGGAGAAGGAGAGAGAUGAAAGGAUUUCUGGGGAAGAAGCUUGGAGACGGCGGGCUGCUAUGAGUGGAGGGGUUCCGCCUCGGUCACCGUCUCCUCCUGGUGGUAAUGGAGAUGGGUUUGCUAUUGGGAAGUCGGAUACGGUUGGGUUAGGAUUGGGGGCUGGAGGACAUAUGACAGCUGCACAGAGAAUGAUGGCCAAAAUGGGGUGGAAAGCAGGGCAGGGAUUGGGAAAGUUGGAGCAAGGGAUUACUACUCCAUUGAUGGCUAAGAAGACGGAUCGAAGAGCUGGGGUUAUUGUUAAUGCUAGCGAGACGAAACAGCAGCAGCAACAACAACAAGAGAAGAAGGUGAAGGGUGUUAAUAUUAAUGGGCCUCCGACCCGUGUUUUGCUUCUCAGAAACAUGGUUGGUCCGGGUGAAGUAGACGAUGAACUAGAAGAAGAAGUUGGAUCCGAGUGUGCAAAAUACGGAACUGUGACUCGGGUUCUUAUCUUUGAAAUCACAGAGCCCAACUUCCCUUCAAAUGAAGCCGUGAGAAUCUUUGUGCAGUUUGAGAGGCCCGAGGAGACAACCAAGGCACUAGUUGACCUUGGUGGUAGAUUCUUCGGAGGUAGGGUCGUUCAGGCAACGUUUUACGACGAAGAGAGGUUCAGCAAAAAUGAAUUGGCUCCUUUGCCCGGAGAGGUGCCCGGCUUUUAAAAUUCCGCUGUUGUAACUAGUUAUCUUUGUAUACGCUCGCCCAGAAAACGCAUAAGAUUUUCUUCAAUUGUAUCAUUAGUGAGUUGGCUUCUUUUUCUGUGUAGAAAUUAGUUUACUUCUUUUGUUAGCUACUGGAAAUUUGAAGGGCUUGAGCUCUUACAACUAGUCGACAAACUCCGGCAGUCCUUUUACGAUGAAGGGACCGUUUGGCCCGUGAGAAUGAAAACUAAGAGACUCUUAAGUGAUA